AUGUCUCGUUCAGCAUCAACAGACUCGAGCAAAGUCAUCGAGGAGAUGAUCAUCCCUGGUGGUUGCUCUGAUGCAAGGGCAGUGUUCAACCUAGUCAUGACCGCGAUUGGUCUCGGUAUAAUGACACUUCCUCUAGCAUUCGCCCGGGCCGGCUGGAUAAGUGGUUACAUUCUACUCGUUGUCGCCGGUGCCUUCGUCUACUACAACGUAACUCUUCUUUGCGACGGUCUGUGCAUGAACCCUGAGAACCCCAAACGCCCCAUCUCGUCUUUCGAGGACCUCGGUCGAAUUUGCUACGGCAAGGUUGCUACUGUGAUUAACUCUGUUACUUUGCAUCCUCUCAUGUUGAGCGCGUGUGCGGCCUUCCUCAUUUUACUCGCUACUAGCAUGUACAGUCUCACCGGAGUGUUGUCGUAUAAUCUAUGGCUUCUCAUCAUGACCAUUCUCAUCAUGCCUUUCUCCUGUUUGAAAUCCAUGAAGGAAAUUAGUUUCUUUUCAGCGCUUGGUGUAGCCUCUGUUUUUGCUACUGUCAUACUCGUUGUCAUUGCCAGUAUAGAUGAAUACGUAGCCGAGACUGUUGACAAUGAUGCGAUCACAUAUCAUCUCUCUGGAGGCCCCAUACAGCUCAUCUCCGUUUUCUGUACAUUCCUGCUAUCAUUCAACGUCAGCAUUACCGUCCCCACCAUCAUAAAGGACGUCCGCAGACCUCAGAGGUUCCGACGAAGGGUGGCUUUCAUAUCGUUCCUAUUGGUUGGUGUAGUUUACCUCUGCAUAACUACUGUGGGGUAUUUGGCCUUUGGUGACUCUAUUGCCAAUUAUGACACUAUGAUCGAGGCUUUCUCUCCUGCUGAUCGCGACGAUUGGACUAUCUAUUCCUGGCUUAUCAACGUAUGUGCAGUGAUACUCGUGGCCACGCACUUUCUGGUCAUCAUGUCCCCGAGUGCUCAGCUCUCCGACCAUCUUUUACACGAGAAUCUUACCAAAAAGUGGACUAAUCGUGUGCUUGCGGAAGUUGUCCGUUGUGCCUUCCGUAUCCUCCUUGUGAUAUUCUGUGCUCUCGUCGCCUUGCUCGUCCCAAGCGUUGACAAGUUGGUGAAUCUCUUGAGUGCAGUGUUCGUGGUACUCAUUGCGUUGGUCUAUCCGACUGUCUAUUACUGGAGAAUUUUACACCUCCAAGGUGUUGCUCAGAAUCGUUGGCUAUUGUGGCUUCAACGUGUUUUGGUUGGUAUUGCUUUCAUCGCCCUCGUCUUCGGCACCUACAUGGCUGUAAAAGACUUCUUCUAG